UCCUGAAUGCACCAUGACGUUGAAGUUCUCUCACGGAUUUGGAACCCCAGAUUAACGACUUUGUUCAAAUUGUGUUCCCCCGUCUGCAGGUUUCUGUGGUUUAACACUAAGUUUUGUAAGUUCGUAUGUGUGUUUUGGUCUGGUCUGUAUCCCCGCAGAUGUCUGCCUCACUGAGUCUGCGUUUUCUGCGUUGCUGCUCUGAGCAAGGUAUUUUUGGAUUUGGCCCCGGUGUCAUCAUGCGAACUUUAAGUGUUAGCGUGCAGAGAGGCGGUUAUAAGUAUGUCAAUGCCCAAGAGCUGCCAACUGAUCUGAGAUCUAUAACUGACCGUGCUGCCACAACCCUGCUUUGGACUGAACUCUUUAGAGGUUUGGGGAUGACUAUGAGCUACCUGUUCCGGGAGCCUGCGACCAUCAACUAUCCAUUCGAGAAGGGCCCUCUGUCGCCACGGUUCCGUGGCGAGCACGCCCUUCGCCGAUAUCCUAAUGGAGAAGAGCGUUGCAUUGCCUGUAAACUGUGUGAAGCCAUCUGCCCUGCUCAGGCCAUUACUAUUGAGGCUGAGACUCGAGCUGAUGGCAGCAGGAGAACUACUCGCUAUGACAUUGACAUGACAAAGUGAAUCUACUGUGGUUUCUGCCAGGAAGCUUGUCCUGUUGAUGCUUUUGUUGAGGGUCCAAACUUUGAGUUUUCCACAGAAAGCCACGAGGAACUACUGUACAACAAAGAGAAGCUGCUCAACAAUGGGGACCGAUGGGAAUCAGAGAUAGCAGCCAACAUACAAGCAGACUACUUGUACAGAUAAACCUUUUGCAUCUGCAGUCUUUACUAGGCUUUACUGCAUUAAAAGCAUUUACUUUACUAUUAUAUGAGCCACAAAGCCUUUAGGUCUGCUGCUUUCCUGUCAGAAUUUAAAAUCGUAAAAACGCACAAAUUAUAUUAUAUAUUGUACAGAUGAGUAGUGUUAAACUUAUAAGUGUUAAAUUUGCACAUUUUUAUACAAAAUGAGGCUAAUACAAAGUCUGGAAACACUUUGAUCUGACUGUGUAGUUUGAAAAAUGUGAAAUACUCUUAUUUAGGACUAGUUAUGACACUAAAAUAAAGCACAUUGGAAAAU